CCUCGUACAACAAAUCAAUUUCCCCCAGACUUUUUGCACAUUGGACACAUGCACACGUUGGGAGAGACUGCCACAUUUCCACUGGGUCCAGUUUCUACCGGGUCCUGGGAGUUUGGAUGAGCCCAAAGCGAAGCUUUCAAGGGAAAUGGACACCCUCCUGCUUAGCCUUUCCGGAAACCUGCAAUGCUGCUCACUUUAAAGUUCAUUUGAACACGGUUGCUCACGUCGCAGCACGAAGGCUAGGCCGUAAGCCAGCCUUUGCCAACUUAGAUGUUGGCUGAGGAGAAGAAGUUGCAGUCCAAAACAUAUCUAGAGGGCAUCAGGUUGGAGAAGGCUGCUUUGAGGGUGUGUGUGUGUGUGGUGUGCAUGAGUGUGCAAAAGUAGGGGCAAGCCUGGCCCCCUUGGGAGAUGGAGGUUGAGGCAGAGGAAGGAGCUGUGUUUUCGGUGUUGCAGGAGCUACAGCUGUUGUCAUGGCGACAACUGCAAUGUUACCAAACAGGCUUAGAAGCCUGAGCAAUAUGCUGAAGGGCACAAAAGUGAAGAGGAAUUGGGAAGAGGGAGGGCGACCUAAGCUGAAGCAAAAGAAGCCCUUGGGCCUGGCCAAUGCACCCCACCCCCCUGCCGCCUCCUUGAAAGACUUGGUGCCGCUCUCAAGAUGUUGCUGGAUUAUCAACUCCCAUCAGCCCUAGAGACAGCAAGGCCCAUGGCCCUGAGUUUGCUCCACCUGCCUGCCCCUCUGCUCUGGGACAGCUGGGCACAGGGCAGCCCAGAGGUUUAGCCCGAUAAGAGCCAUGCCCUUGGAAGAGGAGGAACCCAGUUGGAAGAAACGAGCAGAAGAUAUCCGGGAGAUCUAUGAAUUCCGGGAGGUGCUGGGCACAGGUGCCUUCUCCGAGGUGGUCCUGGCCGAAGAGAGGUCGACUCAGAAGCUGGUAGCCAUCAAGUGCAUCGCCAAGAAGGUGUUGGAAGGGAAGGAGAGCAGUAUCGAGAAUGAGAUAGCUGUGCUACACAAGAUCAAGCACCCCAAUAUUGUGGCUCUGGAUGACAUCUAUGAGAGCGGGGGACAUCUCUACCUCAUCAUGCAGCUGGUCUCAGGUGGGGAGCUCUUUGACAGGAUUGUGGAGAAGGGGUUUUACACGGAGCGAGAUGCCAGCCAACUCAUCCGGCAGAUCCUUGACGCUGUCAAAUACCUGCAUGACAUGGGCAUCGUACACCGUGACCUCAAGCCUGAGAACCUGCUCUAUUACAGUCUGGAUGAAGAUUCCAAGAUCAUGAUUAGCGACUUUGGGCUGUCAAAGAUUGAAGGCUCGGGAAGUGUCAUGUCUACGGCAUGUGGGACUCCAGGUUAUGUGGCUCCUGAGGUGUUGGCACAGAAGCCUUACAGCAAAGCGGUGGAUUGCUGGUCUAUUGGAGUCAUCGCUUACAUCUUACUGUGUGGCUAUCCCCCCUUCUACGAUGAGAACGACACGAAGCUCUUUGAGCAGAUCCUGAAGGCCGAAUAUGAAUUUGACUCCCCUUACUGGGACGACAUUUCAGAAUCAGCCAAAGAUUUCAUCCAGCAUUUAAUGGAGAGAGAUCCUAAGAAACGCUUCACCUGUGAGCAGGCAUUACAACACCCGUGGAUUGCCGGAGACACCGCACUAGAUAAGAACAUCCACCAGUCAGUCAGCGAGCAGAUCAAAAAGAAUUUUGCCAAGAGCAAGUGGAAGCAAGCCUUCAAUGCAACUGCUGUGGUCAGGCAUAUGAGGAAGCUACAGCUUGGAACCAGCCAAGAUGGACCUGGUCAAGCCAUGCAGGAGAGCAAUGGCUCAGCAUCCAGUAGCAGCGAGGAAUCCUUGGGGAAUGGUUCUCACCGUCAGACGCGGGACUGAACGUUCCCCAGUGGACAGAGGACACGGAUGGCGGUGUCAGGAUCAACCCAUUGUGGGGUGGGCAGCCCAAAGCCCCACUCUGCUGUGCUACCACAAGUGGAGCCAGGGGAGGGUCUGGGACUGCCCCCACACCCCUCCCAAUGAAGUGUGGCUGAGCCCCACCGCAGGGAACACUUCCCUUGUUAAGCCACGCCCUCCUGAACCUGGACAUGGGGCCUGAUCCUUCAUGAGCCACACACUUCCCUGGAGAUUCUUCUUCUUCUUCUUCUUCUUCUUCUUCUUCUUCUUCUUCUUCUUCUUCUUCUUCUUCUUCUUCUUCUUUCUUCUUUCUUCUUUCUUCUUUCUUCUUCUUCUCUCUACCUGUGCCCUGUGCUGACCCCCACACCCAAGCUGACAAUGUCGUCCUCCUCCUUGCCCAAUCGUGUGGAGUUGUCUACGAAAGACCACACAAUGGCCUGCUCAGGCCCUUUGCAGCAGCUGUCAAGGUGGAGGUUGGGGAGGUUGGUCUCCAGCUGUGGAGCUCGGGGAUGCCUAAGCCCCCCACCCAAUAAAAAAACCCUGACCAAGUCCCCCACUCAAAUCAUGCACCUCCAGCCCCAACAAGCAGGUUCACAAACAGUGAGCCUGCAGCGCUUAUAACUCUAGAUCGCCCUAAUCAUGUCACAAACGAUAACGAAAGCUGCUUGUGGACCCUUUGCAAUUAGAUCUUGAGAUGGCGCCUCCUGAUAAAGGAGGGAAUGCAUUUCCACUGUCAAGAAACAUAAAGCUAGAUUGAAAGGCUGUUUCAAUCUUCUGGUGUCAUUUGGCUGUCUAUGGGCGAGGACAUGUUAUUUUUUUUUAAGAGUGGUGGUUUGAUAGAACCACAGCUACCCUUGACACAGAUGUACAUUUUAAAAUAUAUAUGUGUGUAUAUAGGCGGAGGUGGGAGAGAAACAGUUUAGCUGAUUUUCCGUAUGGCUCUGGUUGAACUACAGUGGAACCUCGGUUUAGGAACACCUCGGUUUACGGAUUUUCGGUUUACGAACGCCGCGGACCCACCUGGAACGGAUUAAUUCACUUUCCAUUACUUUCAAUGGGAAAGUUCGCUUCAGUUUAUGAACGCUUCAGUUUAUGAACAGACUUCUGGAACCAAUUGUGUUCAUAAACCGAGGUACCACUGUAUGGGGAAAAGGGAACUGUAUUUGGGUGCGUUGUCAGUUACUGCCCAUGGCCCAUACCAUACCAUACCAUCGGCCUCCAGAGCAAUCCUGCAGCUGUUUUUUAAAAUGCUUUUGUGUUUUGCAUUUUUCUUUUUGCAGGGGGUCAGGGAAGAAGGAACGCACUUGCAGAAGUACACGUACGCCUCUUGUUUUUCCUGAAACAACGUUGAACGUUGGGGCGGCCUGUCUGGAGUAGAAGGGGGGGAAGGCAAGAUUGAGUGGUUGUUGAAACAUCGUUUCGGCACGGGAAGCAACUCGCUGAUGUUGGGCCGGUGCGUUUGCAACGCCAGUUGCAAAAAAAAGGGAAGUUCACACCAUAGAUGACGCUCCCACUGAGGCAGCCCUUAAAGCGCUGGGUCCGUCUUCAUCCAAGCUGGCCUUUGCACCACCCAACUGGCAGAACCAGGAUACUUCCCACUGUUUUGGUGUUUCCUGCUUGGCAGGGGGUUGGACUGGAUGGCCCUUGUGGUCUCUUCCAACUCUGAGUCUAUGAUUCUAUGUGUAAAGAGUCUAGCCUUCCCCAACCUGGGGCCUUCCAGAUGUUUUGGACGACAACUCCCAUCCAACACAGCCAAUGUUUAGGGGGUCAUGGGAGUUCUGGUUGACGGGCCAACGACGUUUGGAGGCGCACCAGGUUGGAGAAGACUGGCUUGGCCCCCUCCCCUCUUGCUCUCCUGCCUGCUCUUGAUGCUCACAGCUCCACAUUUUGCGCCCAUGUUCUCUCUGUCUCUGCACUCUCUUGGUCCAAGAGGACUUUCUAACUUGGAAGUUUCUAUUUUGUUGCUUGUUCUUGUAUUAAAAAGGAAGAAAGCGCACAUGUCUUCAUCUACCCUAUCUGUGGGCAAAGGGGUGGGAGAAAAGCUGCCACUGAUGCCCCCCAGCAACCAACCGAGGGGGGGGCACUGCAUACACCCAGUAGAGUCUAGAUCUGUUUCUAAAGGUGAAAGAAGGCUAGAAGAAGAAAGUUUCAGGAGGACACAACUUGUUUAUUGUUAUUGUUACAGCACCUCGAAGUCAGCUAAGCACUUUAUAAAAGGGUAGAAAUAAAUAGGUCUCUGCCCAAAGCAGCUUACAAUCUAGAAAUAGUCAAGACAAAAAAGGCAGGGGUGGGUAUAGGGAACGGUAGGUCAAAUCGCCGGAUGAUUUAAAAAAAACAAAAAACACACAGGUCCGUGAGCCAGCUUUUUAAAUCCUAUGGAUUUUGAUGGGGAAGAAACAAGCACGCUUAAGUCUCUCCCACUGAAAUCAGCAGGAUUUUAAAGGGCUUAGCUCUGACCAUAGAGCAUUCUCACGGUACAGGUUACAAAAUAUAAUUUUAAAUUCCACUAUAGAAAUGGAGGAUGUUUUACCAAGAAAGACAGAAAGAAAGAAAAGAAAAGAAAAAUGAGGGGAAAGGACACUUGUGAAAGAAAAACAAAGAUGAUAAAAGAG